AUAGCGAUAUCAUCUGUCAUUCCUUACUAAGUUUCUAAUGUAGACUAGUCUAAUGUCUAAUGUCUAAUGUAAACAGAAGUUGUACGUCAGUGUACGAUAAUGAUUAGAGUCAGAAUUCGUAAUGCUUUUCUCUAUAAAAUUUUGAUACAAAUUGGAUAAAUAUGGAUCAUAAUUUUAGUAUUAAAGAUCUUGAUAAACUAAAGUACAUUGUUGCUCGACAAGGUAACUGCUGCUGGUCAUCGACGGGAUCAUGAUCCCAAACGUGUUUGUUUCGACAAUGUGUUUGUUGGCAUAUGUAUCAUAUGUCACAACUUCAAAUCUUUCCAAUAAGUUACGCAAAUGCACAAAACUGCUGUAUAAGCUCUUACUGGAUGCAAAGAAAGUAGAGGCAAAUCGGCUUCUUUUAUUGGCAGAAAACAAGCAUCUUAAGGAGCGGCUAGCGAAACUUGAGCAAGUACAAACACCCCCAGAGCAGUGUGCUGUUGGGAAUGCUAAUCAACUCCGUAAUACGGUCGACCCGAAUCCGCCAGCCUGUAAUCGACUGGAAAGCCCAGAAAUGAUUUCUGCUAGCGAUGUUUGGAAUUUAUUAUGGACAAAAUAACAGUUCAGGCAUAAUAAUUAUUAUUAAAAGUUCCUGUUUAUGAACUGCACAAGUAUAAGAUUCUUAUAAUCAUGUCGCUGAAUUAUUUAUUCCUUCUGUUUCGUUUGUGGAAGAACAUCAUCCUCUUCCUGGAACAACAAGAGAACAUACACAAUACUGAUGGUUCAUACAAGUUUGUACAAGAACGGAAGAGCAACUACAGCAACUACUGUAAAAUUAAUAAAAAUAAUUACUGCAGUAUUGUUGCGUGUCAUUUCGCGCCAAGGUGCAUUCUGAAGAUGCAGGAACGGAAAUGGAAUACUCUUUUCCGUCCACUCCGAAAAAGCUACAGUGAUCCGUGUAUAGAUGUCGCUAGAAUUACUGUUGGCACGUUUUUGGCUCCUUUGGUCACCGUGCAUUCAGCAGUACCUGCUGCAGCUGUAGACGGUGGCGAAAAGGACAUUCCGCGACAGAUUACCGAAGAACUGCUUCUGCCAUCCGGAUCACGCACUAGCCCCACAAAAGAUGCAAGUACGCAGACAAUUUUGUCAGCAAAAAAGCUUGCUACAACGCAAACGGGAAUACACGGUGGACGACACAUUACCGCAGCGGCAUUUACCAGAUUCUUAACGGGAACAGAUUCCAUUAGCAUUUUUAAUGGCGAUGCUGCCGAGAUUCGCUAUCAUCGUUCUACCUCAGCUUCGAAUUUGAGUGACAGAUACGUCUCAACGAAAACUGGACCGGUGCCUAUUCUACAAAAUCCACGGCAAGCCCGGAAAUAUAGACAUUCCCAAGCGGAUUCGCUUGGCUUUGGAUCAGUUGUAGCACACCAGAGUUCCGAAUGCGGCACUGUUGGCCGAGAAGGCGAUGCAUCUUGCCAGGCAGUGGCCACGGUGGCAGCCAAGGAUUCAUUUCAGUUGGAAAAUGACGAUAUUGACGAGUUAACAACAGAAGAUAUAUUCCACAAAGCGGACUACGUUACUGAGGAAAAACACUUCCGAAAGAAAGAAGUUCGCAGAAAGUCAACCAGAGGCAGGGCGGAAGGUAGAUCUGUUAACUCCUCUAGCCAAGCAAAAGGUCAUCUGGGUGAAACCGACUAUGGUAACGAUCGCAAGCCGGCGAAAAUGAAAAGAAAAGUUACAGGAAAGGAACUAACAAGUGACGGUUUCGAUAGAGAGCGUGACGAAGAAAAAAACUCUGUUGAUGACGAGGAAGAUAUUAGUGGAGAAUCGCCAAUGACUGCACUUAAAAAAGAUAAGCAGUACAAAAUACAAAAUACUGUGAUGCAAAGAAUAAGUCAAAAAGGUCACACUCCUGCUCAACACAGUAAAGGAAUUCGAAAAAAGAGCACCCAAGUGGCAGAAGAUGUCAUGGCAGAGCACGAUGACCUCGAGGAAAUCGCUAAGAAAUCAGUGGACGGAACCUAUGGAAAGGUCGAUACAGUUAGCCAUCUUAAAGAUUCUACCAAACAGAAAACGCCAGCGAGAGCAAGAAAAUCAGUAAAACACAGCAAACAACAGGAGAAUAAUGAAACGGAUGAUAUUUUAACUCAACAAAUGAAAACAUUACAGAAAGAAACAAGAUCCAGCGAAAGCGUAUCAGCCAAAAGCUCACUUUCUUCGGUCAGUGAUUACCAGCUUGUUGACCAGACGAUCGCGGGAAGUGCUGCAUCGGUGGCCUCGGGAAAAGCAGCUUCUGGACCGCGGGUGAAGGAUAUGCUGGAAUUGUUAUCCGAAUCGUUGACGACACCAACCAGUUCGCCUAAUGAUGUCACGGAAUCGCCGCUGUUUUCUCCAGACGUCCCGACGAUGGCGACUGAUUCCUUACACCGCAAUACUCUUAACCAGAAUACCCGGAAUUCUGGUAACCUUCGAAAAAGGAGUAAAUUAUCAAUGGAAACACAGACAGCUGCUGCACGCGCUUCAUCGGGAUUUGCCGGCGUCGAUCUCGCAUACAUGCAAAAGCGCUUAGCAGACCAGGAGGAAUUCUUCUCGACCAUUAUGCAGGGAACCUGCGAAAAAUGUCACCGGCCCCUCAAGCAUAUGGAACUAACGGAUCUCUUCAAACACAAACUGCUACAUCGAAAUACCGAAUUCAUGUUUGACCCAGAACACUUUUGCUGUCCUGAGUUCCAAAAAGAGCUAGAAAAGCUUCUUUUUGCGCGGGGAACUUUUGAUGCAAUGGCAGACAGAAGAUCUGGCCGGCGCAGCGGAGGAAGUGAGGACCAUGGACCGAAAAGGCGCCGCAGUAGCUCCAAAGGUAUGCGACAUCGUAGUUCAACGGCGGGUAGUCUGCAGCACGAAGCAGGGCGUGGGCAUCGUGGAAAAAAAGGAAAGGGAAAAACUGGCCACCGACGCCGGUCAACAACAGAAAAAGACACAGCCGGCGAAUUAGCCGCUAUAGAACGGAUGCUGCGUCAAGCCGAACGCAAAUCAGAAGAGAAGCCUAGGGUCACCGAAGACAACGACGAUGACUCCGAUGAAGAUGAAGUUGACAUUGAUAAUAAUACCGUCGAGGAGCUUGAACCGUCAAGUGAAGUUUUCAGCCUUAAGAAACGUCGUACAAAAGAGAAGCGCAGUCUGAAAGCAGUAGCUGCAUCCAAAGGUCCAGUCGGGACGAGCAAACUGGAGAAGGGCAGUCGUCGAAGCAGUAAAGUCGGGGAAAAGGAUAUGGCGAAAGACGCUGAAUCAAACAAAACCACGCACGGUGGAUUGCAUACUUCUAAGAAAAAAUUUUCAUCGUCUUUAAAUUGGAAGACAUCGGUGAGCGGCAGCAGAAGGACCAGCUACACGCGAUCAGUAUCCGGCGACUUUCCCGACAAUCGCUACAAAGGCAACACCAUGUCUUGGGCGUUAUCGUCGUAUGCUUGCAAUAAAUCAGGUUGGACGCUGCGGAAGCCCGUGCCACUUCGAACAAAAAGCUAUUUGCUAAAAGAGAAGCCGGAACAUGGUGAUAAAGCGAACGAGGAACCCAUAAAAAGUAAAGAUUAUUGGCCAUUAUUGCCAACGGCCGUGAUCCACUGGUACGACGACAUGCUUGCAUCCGAAUUUACUUUGCCUUCACAACCGACUGGUUAUUAUCCAUACCUGAACGGAAGAACAGCAUUUGUCACUGCAGAAUAUCAAAAAGGCCAAAGCAUAGUGGCAGUUUUUGCAAACAGUAACACCUGGAGUGAUUUGCAUCCGGUAGAAUGUCCAGUGUCAGCAAUUAUUGAUACUGGAUCAUUUGGCAUUAUUUUUGGAAAAGAUGUUGACUGGAUGCCGCUGUAUCUCGUUAGUCCUGAUCACGUUCGCAUUGUGCGAAGUGUUUUUGACGAAGGCGAUAACAUUGUGAAUUGGGAGCAGUUCCAAAAGGCCAAUCCAUUAGGAUCUCACAAAAACCCAGCUUAUAACAAUGGCGAAAUUUCAGUGGACAUUAUUGGGCCCAAGGAUAUAAAUGUUCAGUUGACAAAUGAUGCCAUGAGAAUACGAGCAAACUGUGGAUUUCGGAAAACUUAUGCGAUUCCAAAACCUGAAACAAGAUCCCAAGCUGAAAGAUGUGUCACGGUAUUUAAGGGUCAACUGGCAAGCAUUCGGGAAAAGGGAGAGUACCUCACAAAAAUUCUAGCGGAAUCGCAAGCCUACUGGACGCAGAACCAGACUACAAUCGUUCUCGCAAUGGCCCGCACAGCUAUGAAAGCAGCCAAAUCUCCAAUGAAAAGAGCAAAUAAGAACUUGUUGUAGCUCUUCAGUAUCGUUAAUUAUUGUUUUCAUAAAUCACUUAGUAAAAGUAAAGUCGGUCUGCCAUGCUGAAACCUAGCCGCAUCAAUAACAAAAACAAAAAUUUUUCUUAUGCGGAGCUGUUUAGCAAU